AUGCAUACUGAUGAAAGGGACAAUAAGGAAACUGAUACUGCACUCACGGAGGAGGCUAAGAGUGAAAGGCACAUUGAGUCCAAGGGCAAUAACUUUGAUGUGGAGAACAGCACGGAAGAACCUUGUAUGUCAUCAUGUAACAACGCUGCAGCUAUUGAUGGUUCUUUUACUCGAGAAAAUGAUAGUGGUGCUAAUUCUUCUGUCCCAGAAUUAAAUCCGCCACUUGUAUCUGAGCAUCCUGUUGUGAAUGAAAAAUUUGAUGGCUACACCGAUCAACAAAAUUUGAAUUACAUUGAACUGGUUAAACAGUGCCAUGAAGUCCAGCUGAGGAAAGACAAGAUUUCGGAACAGCUUAGGCAAGCAAAUUACUGGAACUUGCAAACUCAGGUCCAAUCUCUGACUACUCAGCAGCAGCACGUCUCUCUCACCGGUGGUUCUGAACUUGUCCGAAAUACCUCGUGUCCUUGGUGCACAUGUCAAUGUCCCAUGGCCGGCGCACAGUGGUGCACGUGUCAAUGUCCCAUGGCCAGCGCACAGUCAGUGGGAUGUGCUUUUUGUCCGCAACAAAUCUUGCACUGUUCUGGGUCUCAAGUUCAGCAAAAAGCUGGAGUUCCCGUCAACUCUAUGAAUUAUUUAGUUCGAGGAGACAACAGAGCAGUUGAAUCAGGGGCCAUGCCUGCGGGAUUGGGUAGAGAUUCUGUCAAAGCAGACUUGUCAAGGGAUUUUAAUCUUCAGGAAGAAAAUAAAAAUGGAGAGGUUGAUGCGUCUGGCAAAGAUUUAUUAAGUAGCAGCCAAAAGACUGAUUUCACAUCUGUUAUAAAUGCAUGGUAUUGGGCAGGCUAUCACACUGGCAGGUAUCUUUUGGAGCAGGAGCAUUCAGACAAGCUAAACAGUAGUAUCUAAAGAGAAAGAUGGCUGCAGAUGAUACUGAUGGCCAAAAAGGCCACUGGUUUUGUGGUUUGAAUUUCAAUGAUUUCAUGAGGUAUUUCAAAUCAGGACGCUGAAGCUUUUGAAAAUUAUGAAAUGUUUAAGAAGCCAUUCUUGUGGUUCGGGAUCUUAUUCCAUUAAACUUUGCUGCAAUUUUCCUCGCCUUACCGUUAUUGAUCACUAUAUUGCUGGUGGACAUGAAACACGUCUUCAGCUUUUUUUGGUUUUGCAAUUUUUAUUAACUUGUAGGGGUGUUGGUUCGGUUUCAGAAAAACAUUUCAGCUUUUUAUAGAAUUUUGGUUUGUUCAUGACUUAUCUAAUUCAAACUGAAUUAAAUUUUGGUUUGA